CCUCUUUAAAAAGGCCUGCACCAAUUCACCUGUGUAUCACUCUGCAGUUCAUAUAAUAGAUCUCUCAAGAGACUAUUUGUGCGGUGUUGAAAACAAGAAAAUUUCUAAAUCCUAAGACUGAUGAAAUGGCUUUGAGUUUUGAAUCCUACAAGUGGAAGUAUGAUGUGUUCUUGAGCUUCAGAGGGGUUGACACACGUAGGAGUUUCACAAGCCAUCUCUACCAUGCUCUAUGCCAAAAGGGAGUUAAUACCUUCAUAGACUACAAGGGGCUUGAAAAGGGAGAGCAGAUUUCACAUUCAAUUCUCAGAGCUAUUGAAGGCUCUAGGAUAUCAGUCGUCAUAUUCUCCGAAAACUAUGCAUCUUCCAUUUCUUGCUUGGAUGAACUCGUUAAGAUCCUUGAGUGCAAGGAUUCCAAGGGGCAGCUGGUUUUGCCAGUCUUUUAUAAUGUGAAUCCAUUGCAACUAAGAGGUCAACAUGGAAGUUUUGCAGAAUAUUUAGCAAAACAUGAAGAGAAGUUCAGGGAUGAUAUCAACAAAGUGAAAAGGUGGAGAGCAGCUCUAUAUCAAGCUUCUACUUUGUAUGGGUGGCAUCUAGGAGAUGGUCAGGAAUCAAAGUUUGUGCAGAGAAUUGUUGAAGAGAUCAUGAAUAAACUGAACCGCAUACCUUUCAAUGUUGCUAAGCAUCCUGUUGGGCUGGAUUCUCUGACUGAAGAUAUCAAAUCACUCUUAGAAGUUGGAUCAGGUGGUGUUCGGGCUAUAGGAAUUCAUGGAAUUGGUGGAAUAGGAAAAACAACACUUGUUAAGGCUGUUUAUAACCAUAUUUCUCAUCUGUUUGAGGGUAGUGCCUUCAUUGUAAAUGUUAGAGAAAUUUCAAGCCAAAGGGAUGGCUUAGUACAACUACAAGAAGCUCUUCUCUCGGAGAUUUUAAGCCGCAGAGAUUUCAAAGUAGGCAAUACAGAUAGAGGGAUUAAUCUGAUAAAGAACAGGCUCUGUUGCAAAAAGGUUCUCAUAGUUGUUGAUGAUUCUGAUUCAUUGGAGCAGCUGGAAUCAUUGGUUGGAGACUGCAGUUGGUUUGGAUCAGGAAGUAGGAUUGUCAUAACAACUAGAGAUGAGCAUUUGCUAAUUUCUCACAAUGUGGAAACUAACUACAAGGUGAAGGAAUUAAGACAUGAACAUGCUCUUGAACUCUUUAGUUGGUUUGCUUUCAAAAAACCAUGUCCUCCAUCAAAUUAUGAGGGGUUGUCCUCCCAAAUAUUAAACUAUGCCAAGGGCUUGCCGUUGGCACUAACAGUUUUGGGGGCCUACCUGUGUGGUAGAGGGAGAGCCGAGUGGAUAAGUGCACUAGCUAAACUGAAAAAAACUCCAAAUAAACAAAUCUAUGCAGUACUUAAAAUCAGCUUUGAUGGGUUAGAAGAGGAUGAAAAGACCAUUUUUCUGGAUAUUGCAUGUUUCUUCAAGGGAGAGGACAAAGAAUAUGUGAAAAUGAUACUUGAUGCUUGUGACCUGCACUCGGAUACUGGCUUUGGAGUUCUAAUGGAUAAGUCUCUCAUCACUAUGCAACUGAACAAGCUUUGGAUGCAUGAUCUGCUACAGGAAAUGGGUAAAGAAAUUGUACGCCAAGAAUCUCCCCAAGAGCCUGGAAAACGUAGUAGGCUAUGGUUUCAUGAAGAUGUACUUUAUGUAUUAAACCAGAACACGGGAACUAACAACAUUGAAGGCAUAAAGCUUGACUUACCAGAACCGGAUAAAAUAAAUGGUAAAGCUUUUGCAAAGAUGAAAAGACUUAGAAUUCUUGUGAUCAACAAUGCACUUGUUACUGAUGAAAUUCAGUAUCUCUCUGAUGAGCUACGACUAAUCGAUUGGCCGGGAUACCCAUCUUCAACUCUACCACCAAAUUUCCAUCCAAGAAGAUUGGUUUCUUUAAACAUGAGUCAUAGCCACAUCAAACAUUUGUGGAAGGGAGCAAAGAUAUUCAGAGACUUGAAACUUGUGUCUUUUAGCUGCUGUGAACACCUCACUGAAAUUCCAGACAUGUCAAUGGUCCCGAACCUUGAAAGUCUCAGCAUAGACAAUUGUAAAAGUCUAAUUAGGGUACAUGAGUCUGUAGGAACUCUUAAUAAGCUUGUUACUUUAAACCUUAUGUUCUGCUCCAAUCUCAAUACCCUUCCAAGUCGUUUCAAGUUAAAGUCUCUUCGCAAUCUUCUCCUUACCGGCUGCUCAAAGCUAAGAAAGUUUCCUGAGAUUGUUGAGAAUAUGGAACAUCUUGAAGAAAUCCUUCUCCAAGGAACAGCUAUAAAAGAACUACCUCAAUCAAUUGAAUACCUAGUUGGGCUAAAAUCCUUAUUCCUAGAUUCUUGCCAGAACCUUGAGCAUCUCCCCAGUAGCAUUCAGAAAUUGCAAUACCUUACUACUCUUAAUCUUAGUUACUGCUCUAAGCUUCAGGAGCUUCCAAAACUUCCACCAAUUACAAAAUAUUUAGACAUAAGUGAUUGUAGAUCUUUGGAAAGUUUUACAAUGUUGUCCAGCCCAUCAAAUGUUAUUGCUGAGGAUCUCUCAAGUUUUCAACAAAUGAGCUUCAUUAACUGCCAUAAAUUGAUUAAUGAACAGGUCCAGUUCCACUUAACGAAUCUCUUCUACAAUGAGGGACCUGAUAGUGAUACUUAUCUGGUAUUUGUUAAUGGUGAUUUUGUGCUUCCCGGCAGCAAGAUCCCGGAUUGGUUUCAUCAUCAGAGUACUAAUGGAUCAAUUAAUCUUGAGAUGGCUUCAAUUUUGUAUGGUAAGCCAGCGAAGUUGUUUCUUAGUGCAGUUAUUGAGUUGGAGAAAGGCGCUUUCACAACCAGCAUGUUUGCAUGUGCUUAUGAAAUUUUCAUCAACGAUACAAAAGUAUUUGAGCAAAAAAGAGCUUUUGAAGCACUGGACUCAAGUCAUUUGUGGUUGAGUAGGAUGAAAUGCAGUCAUUUGAUGUGGCACCUCAACAAUGUUCGUUAUUGGAAUCACUUACGGAUUUCAUUUCGGAUAUCUGAAGUAUCAUCAAAGGCGAAAGUAAGAGCAGUCUUGAAGAACUGUGGUUUCCAUAUAUGCUGCAAUCAAGAAGGGUAUCUGGUUGAUCCUACAGCAAUAAGGAAUUCCAUAGGAUGAACCAUACGCUACACAUACCACAUGACAGAUUUAUGUAUGUUACGAAUAGAAGAUUAACACAAUGGAAACAAAAUAAGAAUCUAAGUCUCAGGAAUACUCAAAUUUGCAGAAGAUCUAAUUAGUUGAUUAUAUUUACUAAUACCCAUAGAGUAGGGUGAUGCAAUUGGGUUGUCAGAUGUAAUGGUUAGUGACUUAGUGUUCA